AUGCAAUGGAUUCGUUUGAACCAGAGUGGAUUUCCAACACCAGAUAAUAUCAAUAGGAAUGAGUUUCAGAAUGAGGUUUCAAAUAUUUUACAUCUAUUCGUGUCAUGGCUUAUAGAUGCAAAGUUAUUUGAAGAGGCUGAAUAUGGGAAAACAAGUGAAUUGGCAGCGAUUCCAAGCAAUACUAUAUUGGGGCUUUUCGACAAGUGUCAUAGAAGAAAUUCGUUUCAUGUCGGUCUGGAUUUGCAUCAGUAUCACCACAUUCCAAGCAAACACAUUUUAGAUACGCUUUCCUCACUUGGACUUACUUGUUCAUAUAACGAAGUCCGUCAAGUAACAACUUCGUUAGCAAAACAAGAAAUUGAUGACAGGGGAGAUGUAUAUGUACCCAAAUUCCUAGGACAAGUUUCGAAUGAGAAGAAUAAUUACAUUCGAGCAAGUAUUGAUAAUUUCGACUUGAACGAGGAAACUUUCGAUGGAAAACGUACAACACAUGCAAUGGCUAUGGUUGUUUUUCAAGAAAAACAGUUUUCACAACCAAUAAGAGAAAGAAUCAAAGAAGGCUCAUCAGCUCUAAGCAAAGAAGAAACUGAUAUAAGUUUACAAAAAAUUGAAAAAUAUGUUAAGCCUAAAACUCGUCCUGUACCUUCUGAAUUCGAAUUUCCAACAAUAAUUCGGAAAAAUUCAAUUCAUUCCACAAAGAUUAAUAUGUCUUGGCGAUUGUUGAAAUUUCUCCAGAAUGAGUAUUCCUUCAUGGGGUGGAGCGAUUUUCAAAAUAUUUUGUCUCAUAAUAAUAUUCCACUUUCAACAAUUUCAUACCUCCCAUUUUUAAAUGCUCCUCCUAUAGAAUUCGAUACAAUUUUCACUGCAAUGCUAAGGCUAGUACAGUUAGUGGAAAAAUUAAAUCAGGAUCAUAUCGUGCAUGAUAACUGCUGAUUUAUCAAUUUAUUUUAAGGCUCGUGAGAUACUGUGGAACAAUCCUCCAGAAUUGUCUGGUAAAGUAACCUUACAACUUGGUGGAAUGCACCUAACAAUGGCAUUUAUUGCAAGUAUAGGCUACAUUUUUGCCGAUGGUGGACUAAAUUCUAUUCUUGUCGAAACAGAUAUUUAUGCAGAGAAUUCUUGUAGUCUAAUGCCAUGCAAUGAGAUGAUAAUAAUAUAUCAAUUGGUCAUUUGAAUUACAGGUGUACGUAUCAACUUAGAAUAUGGUACAGCAGCAACACUGAAACACCAUUCAUGGAUAUUGAUGGUUCAGGAUGGACUUUAACUGAUGACGCUUGGAUCCCAAUAUUUUCAAGCGAUAAACCAAUUCCUGAU